AUCCAAAAGAAGUUGCACCAAAAGUAGUUUACAAAGAGACACACCCAUUUCCAUUCAAAUGUUUUGGUGGGGGGUGCAUGGUGUGAUGGUUUAUUUAGCUUAUCCAAUGAAAAUUAUCUAUCUAUCUAUCUAUCUUCACACACUAUCUAUCGUCACAAAGACUGGGCUCUUCUCUCGGGAACAUUUAGGCUACUAAAUGCGCACCACAGUCCACGCUCAUUGUCCAGCGCUUCAUUUGAACGAACUGGUCCAGCAAGUUAUUUCUGGGCUGGUGUCACAGAGCCCCAUCGAUCUGCCAGCGUACCUGCUGCACGGACACUGCGUCUUAGGAAGCAGUCCGAGGUGUUGGCUUUUUUUUUUGUCACUUCCAGUGAAAGUACUCGGACGCGGCCAUGAGGUCCUUCGCCGCGUUUCUGACCUUUCUCUGCUGUGUCGGAUUUACUGGAUGUAAACCUUCGUUGCCCUGUCCGAGUGGACAGUUUCUGCUGAAGAAUCAGUGUGUCCUCUGUCAUCCCACCUGCUCUGAGUGCGACGGGCAUGAGCUGUUUGAAUGCACUACCUGUGGAGUUGAUGAAGAUGGACAGGAACGGUUCCUCCACCAAGGUCGCUGUAGGACACACUGCGCCCGGGGACUGUAUCCUGACAGAGGUCAUUAUGCCUGUCUGCCCUGCAUAGCCAAUUGUGAACUCUGCACAGACGGCAACAUAUGUGCCAAAUGUCAGGAACACUACAAACUCCAGAAUGGGAUCUGCCAAACGGCAUCCUGUGACAUAGGCCAGGUGCAGGACCCUGAUACAGGAGAGUGCAUUGACUGUGAGAUGGGCUGCAAAACAUGUUCCGUGGACUCUGAUAUCUGCAACAGCUGCGCUGAAGGUUACUUUCUUUUCAGACACCAGUGUCGCAGGCAUUGCCCACAGAGCACCUAUGAAGACUUGGGCAGGGGUGUGUGUCUCUCCUGUCCAGCACCAUGCACAGAUUGCAGGAGUAACACACUCUGCCUUGCCUGCCAGCCCGGUUACUUCCUCAAUGGAGGUGAUUGUGUUAAACAGUGCCCACAGCAAACCUUCAGUGACUCCAGUGGGUGGCGAUGUCAGACCUGCCACAGCUCAUGCCAGACAUGCCACGGACCUCAUUCAACAGACUGUGAUGUUUGUCUUGGUGGAAACCCUCCUCUACAUGGCCAGUGCCCUCUGCUCAACUGCCCACUGGGACAGUACUUUGAUGGUAAAUAUGGUGAAUGUCACACCUGUGAUUCAUCCUGUAAGACCUGCUUUGGCCCCCAAGCACUGGAUUGUUCUUCAUGUUUCAAAGGAUACUUCCUGGACCAGGACGGUUCUUGUGUAGUGAAAUGUACAUCUGGCUCCUACGCAAACUCUGCCACUCAGUUGUGUGAGGACUGCUCGCCAAACUGUGACACCUGCGUGGACACGAGUGAUAACUGCAUCAGCUGUUCAAAAAGCAGCUAUAAACUUUUUCUCCACCAGGGGCGGUGUUGGUCGAAUUGCCCAGAAGGUUUCUUUGAGACAGCAGAGGGGUCAUGUGAAGCCUGUGAUAGCUCCUGUCUGACAUGUGAUGGCACCAAGUCUCAGUGUCUAUCCUGUGCUAAUGGCCACUACCUAGAGAGUGGUAUGUGUAGACUCAACUGUUCACUGCGGACAUACCCUGCAGAUGAUGGUACCUGCAGACGCUGCCCUCCCCACUGUGAUGUUUGCUCAGAUGACAGCACCUGUUUCAAAUGCAGUUUCCUCUACCUGAUGCUGAAUGGUGUGUGUAAAGCUAGUUGUCCCAUGGGCUAUUAUGAGGACAUGGAAGAGGGCCGUUGUGGUCAGUGCCACCCUACCUGUGGCAGCUGUUCAGGGCCCCUGGAAGAUGACUGCGAGACCUGCUCAAUGUUUAGCCCCAAACUCUACAAGGGUGCAUGCUCCAAAGACUGCCCCACUGGUACUUACUAUGAAACUGAAGCUAUGGAAUGUCAAGAAUGCCACCAGACUUGUAUGCGCUGUUCUGGCCCAGAAGCAAACCAGUGCACCCAGUGUGAGAAAGGACUCGUGCUGGAUCCAAAUACAUUGUUGUGUGGCGUGACAGGCGACACAAACUGCCCACACAGGACCUACCUGCACGACGACCAGUUCACCUGCAUGGGUUGCCACCGGCACUGUUACUCUUGUGAGGGGCCGGGCAACGAUCAAUGCCAGACCUGUGCCGUCCCCAAAUACCUUCAUAAUGGCACCUGUUUGACUGAGUGCCCAGCUGGUACAUACAACACAAGGCAGGAGGCUGACGGAACAGAGCUGGGAUUCUGUUUGCCCUGUGACCAUGUCUGUUCCACUUGUACCGGAGCAUCGCCAAGAGAUUGCCUCACUUGUUCUCCAGGAUACCUGCGCCUCCUUCAACUCUGUGUCACGCAUUGUCCCACAGGGUAUUACAGAGAGGGCCCCUACUGUGAGAAAUGUGACCAGUCCUGUGAGCUGUGUACAGGAGCAGGGCCUGAGUCCUGCAGGAACUGUCCACCUCCUCUCCUGGAGCUGCAAGGCACUAAGCUGUGUGUUGAGCGAUGCCCAGACCGCUUCUACCAGUUCAGUGACGUCUGCAAACAGUGCCACACCAGUUGUCAGACCUGCACAGAUGCCUCGCCUCAGGCCUGUAUGACGUGCGACUGGGGCAGCACUCUAAAGGACAAAGUCUGCUAUCCGCGUUGUGAGGAGGGCCGAUACUUCUCAGAAGAGGACACCUGUGAGCCAUGUGACACCUCGUGUAGGCAUUGCACUGGACCCAGACCCGACCAGUGUCUAACUUGUCACCGGGAUUCUGCUCUUCAUGCUGUGGAGAACCGCUGCGCCCGCUGCUGUCAAGCUGAAGGGAAUGACACUGAUUGCUGUGUUUGUGACAGCCGCUCAGCAUUGUGUGUGGAGGCCCCCCAACCCAAGUCAGGAGACGGUCAGGUAACAGACCUGAAUAUGUCGUCUACAGUUCUGAAGCACACCUCAGCCGCUUUGCCUAUUGCCCUGCUGCUAGCACUGGGGUUGGCUCUGGCUGUGUUUGCCUUGGUCAAGGCCCGUGCCAGGAAGAGGCUUUGCUGGAGCCAGAGCUAUGAGAAACUCAGUGGCAGCGCCAGCAUGAACAUGCCCCACGGUGUGCCCGAGCCGGACAGUGGAGACGAGGUGGAUGUGGUGUACACCAGUAAAGGAGGAUCAGUAUAUCGGCGCUACAGCUUUGUCCAUGAGCAGGUCGCAGAUGUAGACCAGGAUGUGGAUGAGAGCACUUGUCUCAAUCACUCUUAGAUACAUCUAAAUCUCUGUAACUGAGCAUUGCAUUGUGGACACUCACAGGUAAAUAGUUUAGUUUAUGUUUAGAAGAGAAUGUAGUUGUAUUUUGCUUUGGUAUGUUACUUUUUGAGUUCUGGUGUUUGAUUUUACAAAGUGCCUGUACUUGUAUAAUGCACAUUCUUAGAUGAGGCAUUUGUGAGUAAACAGUGGGGAGAAAAUACAUAUAUGUAUAUGACUUUUUCUUUUUUUACUUGACAUUAAACAGUUGAAUUAUCAUGUAUAAAAAUUAAAAUCUGCAUGAUUUGUUGUAAAUACAAAUUAACCACUCCACUUGAUGUCUUGAGUGCAAUUUGAAGACUCAAAGGUGUGUUUGAUUUGUCUAGUGUAGUACUACAAUUCGGCAUUGGUUUGGAGUUGGUAGGUCACAUGACAUGGAAGCUAUUGAAAUAAAUGAUGAUUUUCCCAUAA